AUGAACGGUCAACUUCCUCCGCGACCGCCAACGCGUCGCCCACCUCUUGGUGAUGCAACUAAGAGAGUCAACAAUGCUCAACACCACCAACCAGCUUCCUUGAAGGCAUCCCGUAUACCACACCAUGACAGCCUCAAGGUCAAUGGGCUUUUGCAGGUACUCAACCCAGCACCGGCAUCCCCAGUACCGCUCGCGGAUAAUUUCGCUUUGCGGGAGUCUCACCGAACGGGUUCGCCUGGGCCCAAUGUUGCAAACCCGCGCCUUUCAGCCAUAACUAAAAGAGACCCUCCCCCCGAAUCCAACCGAAAUUCGCAAAUAUCAACGGUCUCCACUAACGCCUCUGAUGGCAAGCGAAUUAAAGGGCACAUUGGACCAUGGAAAUUGGGGAAAACUUUAGGCAAAGGCGCUACGGCUCGAGUUCGUCUAGCCAGACAUGCUUACACGGGACAAGAAGCAGCCGUCAAGAUCGUCCAGAAGAAGAAUGCUCAAUUGUCGCAGGCCGGAAGCCUAGCUGCUCUUGAUAAAGCCGAAUCUAGCAUUCCCGACUCGGAGGAUGGAAUUAGACGGAUGCCUAUUGGGAUUGAGAGAGAAGUGGCUAUUAUGAAGCUUAUCCAGCAUCCAAAUAUCAUGAAGUUGUAUGAUAUCUGGGAGAACCGUACCGAAAUAUACUUGGUCUUGGAGUACGUUGACAAUGGAGAGCUCUUUGAGCAGAUUUCACUGAGGGGCGGACUGCCAGAGGAGGAGGCGAUGAAAUACUUUCGACAAAUACUUAGCGCCGUCGGCUACUGCCACUCGUUCAAUAUCUGUCAUAGAGACUUAAAACCCGAGAACAUCCUGAUCACAAAGAGUAAGGACAUCAAGAUUGCUGAUUUUGGGAUGGCCGCGCUGCACCAGAGUCCAAGUCACAAACUCAAGACAUCAUGCGGCAGUCCGCACUAUGCUGCGCCAGAAUUGAUCCGGGGUACCAAUUAUCGUGGCGAUAAGGUUGAUAUUUGGAGUAUGGGGGUCAUUCUCUAUGUUACACUGGCUGGAAGAUUGCCGUUUGAUGUUGACGGAACCGGCAAGGAAUGGAUCAGCCAGCUCCUGUGGAAGAUCAAGAAGGGUUCGUACGAAAUGGCUCCAGAGUUCAGCGAAGAUGCGGCCAAUUUUAUUUGGAGAGUUUUGCAAGUCAACCCAAGGGAUAGGAUCAACCUGAGCCAGAUAUGGAGACACCCGUUUCUCAGGAAAUACGACUACUUGGACAAUCUCGGGGGAGGCUAUUAUCCGCAGUCACCCUCUGCGAACGACUGUCUCCGGCCUGUUCUCCGCCGAAGUGAUAUUAGCAAAGAACUCCUCCGGCACUUGAGGUCGAUGUGGCAUCGGCUUUCCGAGCAGCAGCUCAUGGAUGCGCUUUUGAGCGAAGAAACCAAUGAUCAGAAGUUAUUCUACAGUCUACUUUUGAAAUACCGAGAUGAGCAACUGGAAAACUAUAUCCCGGAUCUUGGAUAUUCUUCGAGCGAUUACCACCACAAUAAACCAGCUGUGCUGAAGAAGACAUAUUCCACUUGCAAUUUCUCCCAGAUCAAGGCAAAAGGCGUUGGCCGCCAAGUAUCUCGCUUUACAGUAAUCAGCAAUGCUGCUGAGACGGAGCAGAGUUACGAUCCUUUCAAAGCCUCCCGGCCUCAACAUCUUGACGCAAUCCGACAUGCAGACCGCCCAAAGGUUACGAUUUAUCGGAAUCGAGAUCAGGAUGACGGCUGUUCUCCGAAGAUUCGCUCACGUUUCCGGAUGCCUGCUGCCAGUGGAGGACAGCACAAGCUCGUCCCUCCGAGAGUAUAUGCAUCCCGAAGUUCGUUAGCCAGUUCCACUAGAAGUCGAGGCAGCGCGCCUUAUGGGCGAUCAGCUGUUGCAUAUAAACGUGGCGUGAGCUUUUCCCACCUCCGAAAGCCAUCUGGCGGUGGCAGCCAAAGAAACUUUUCUUCGGAGCCUCGACAGGACAGCAAUAGUACUGAAGUAGUUGGCCAUGGAGAUGGCAUUCGUCAUUCCAUCGAAGAAGCUCCCUCGCCAAACUACAUCCGAUCAAAGAAAGGUCAAGCAUCAGCGCCACGGUUUCCUGUGGCAAAGGCCGGCCGCGCCAGCCAAAUAUGGACCGAGGAUGUUCGACAGCUUAGUAGCAGCUUGGCCAAAGAUUGUGAUGAGGCCUUUAAUAGAACCUCAGUGAUAUCAGACUCCCAAAAGUUAGAGAGUACAGGUGCAACCGCAUCGGCAUCAGCAAGGGACACUUCUUCCUCGGAUUCUAAUAACCAGAAGAAGUAUGUGGCAUCCUCAACUUCAGAAACAAACCGGAAGUCAAAGUGUAUCUCUCUAGAGGCUCGCCCGCUACCACUUCCUCCCUCUAGGUCGGAAUCAGUCAAGAAACAGCUCGUUGAAGCCCGAAAGCAGGCUGAGCUUCGGAAACUAUCUGGUGGAGAUGACUCACCAGGGUAUCUUGACCGGAUGGUAUCACAUAUCGAUCGUCUGAUGCAGCCACAAUCCCCCACUCAGGCGUAUCCCGACCGCCGAGCUUCCUCUGCUCCAAUGGAAACCAAAUAUCGUGCGUCGAACCGUCUCCUACCAUCAAUAUAUGAGGACAUCUCCCCUCGGAGAGCUUCUGAUUCGGUGAAGGUUGUUGAAUACUUAAGCCCAGAAGGCAAAGGCAGCCGAAUAGCAUCUGCCCCCGAGUCGGGAGCAUCGAAUACAAAUUUCAUGGAUGACCGAUCCUAUAGGACUACCACUCGAAUGACACACACUAUUCGGGUAGUUGAGCCAUCUUCUCCAUGCAGCCCAGUACAAGUGCCUGCUCCCCUCACUAUUCGCAAGAAGAGUUCUCGUGCCGGCCCGGUAGUUUUGAUGAGUGGAGGAUUGGAUUUGAACCCCAGCGGUAGCACCCGACUCCCAACAUCGCGAUUGGAUCUUCGACGUCAAUACAAUGCUUCACCGAAGUUAGAUGUUACUCCAAACCGAGAGGGUAUUCAAGAAGAGUACAUUAAUAGCAAUGACAAUCAGUUUGUGGGCGAUAUCAGCUCUGGUACAAUUGCCAAGAAGCCGACUUGGUUCAGGCGCAAUUCAAAGAGCGGGGAAGAUGACUUCAGAAACUCAACGAGGGGUACCGAUGCGUUGCCGUCUCGGACUUCAAGUAGCGAUGCCGAUCAAGGACUUGACCAUCUCGAUGUUUAUCCGAUUCUACCCAAAAACAGGAGAUUUAGUCUGCGCGGCCUGUUUAAGAAACGAAACUCUAAGUCAGACAUGACCGCCACCCAUUAUGACAUCGACGAUACCAUUAGUCUUUGUGACUCUAUGGUGGAGGCUCAACGUCAAUCACACGCAGGACGAGACGAUCCGCGGGCUCGACAAAUCGAACCACAACAGAACUGGCUAGCUAAGCUCUUCCAUGUAAAACCGGUUUCGAAAUUCGUGUGUUUCUCAGUGUCCAGAAGAAGAGCCCGACAGGAGAUUACGACUAUCCUUCGAGAAUGGAAGCGAUAUGGUAUCCGAGAGGUCCAGGUUGACAAGGAGAGAAACAUCGUCUUUGGAAAGGUUGGAGCGAAGAAUUAUCUUGAUAUGAAAGAGGUUGCUUUUGCUGGCGAAGUCAUGACGGUCAUCGAACAUGGCAAGAGAUCGCACCUGAGCAUUGCACGUUUCACACAGGAACAAGGUGCCGCCAGUAGUUUCAACAAGGUUAUGGAGACCUUGGAGAGUGUGUUGAAGGUCCGUGGAAUGCUUGUCUCUGAUGAGCGAAAGAAGAGAAUGAUGAUAAAGACGUUGAAUUCCAUGUAG